UUGGGCUCCAGUCGAUACUGCUCCCUGCAAUUGGUACGAGUAACUGGAACGACACUCACAAGCAAGAUGGUACAACGCUCAAAGGAACACAAGUUUCUCCUCACGAGUUGGUUAAUCUUUAUAACACUGUCUGUCUAUUUUACCGUGAUUUUUUCAAAGCUUUUGUUUCAAAAGGAGCACCAAGAAUUGACUGUUUUGUUCCCGAAUUUUAUUGUCGAAGUCUAUGUUGUCGGCUGCUGCCUCUGUGUCGGGUUGCUCUGCCAUGACAUCGCAAGCAAAAGACCAAGUGACUACAUGUCAUACUCAGAAACAUUCAGGUUCUAUCUAAUAAAUCGCAUCUUAUACUUCCUGGGGUGGUGGAGUUAUAGAAACCUCCUGAGAGCUUCAAAGGCAGUCAAAACAGCUCAGAAAGACUGGCUUCUGUGGACGUUGCAAAAGAACAAGGGAACUGCAUUUGGAAAGGACCACGGAUUCGACGCAAUAAAUUCCGUUGAAGCUUUCCGUAGCAAGUUUCCGAUCUCGGGGUAUGAUUUAUACCGGGAGUACGCAGAGCGGGCGACCAAUGGUGAAGAGAAUGUCCUCCUGCCGGAGAAACCUGUCUACGUCAUUUUGACGACAGGGACCACGGGAUCCAAUAAAAAGUUCCUCCUGACCUACGCAGGGGUGUGGUCAUUUUUUAAGAACCACCUCUCGCUGAUGACUUAUACCACAAGGAAGAAGGACCCUACAGCAUUUACUGUGAAGAAGCGCCUGCUGGCCUGGGUCCGAAACGCAAACACAAUGACUAAGAAUGGUUUGCGGAUGGGGUUAGCAUCUGCUUGUAACAUAAAAGACCCCGGUAGUUGCACUCCAAACAUUGCCUUCAAUGAGAUCAAGAACGAAGAAGUGAUCAUGUACAUCCAUGCUGUAUUCGGAUUACUUCGCGACGACAUUGAACACAUAGAACUUGUUUUCCAAGGAAGGGCCUUCUUCAUUACUUUAGAGACCCGUUGGAAAGACAUUGUCGAGGACAUCAGGACUGGAACAUUGAGAUCUGACCUUGACCUAACCACAGAAGUGCGGCAGAAUCUCCAGAGUAAGAUAUGGGCAAACCCGAUUCGUGCGGCGAGACUCCGUCAAGAAUUUUCAAAAGGUUUUGAUAAUAUCGUACCACGCGUAUGGCCUAAAGUUCACCACGUGGAAAUGUUAGCCUCUGGGAGUCUACUGACCCCUUCCCAGGCACUUCAAAAUAAGUACUUCCCAGGCGUCCCUGUGUGGAACUUAUCCCACGCAUCUUCCGAAGGUACCCACGGAAUCUGUAUGGAGCCUGGUGACAUCCUGACGACUUACUUCACCAUGCUGCCGCACAUUGCCUUCUACGAGUUCAUACCUGUCGAGGACAUCGAGGAACCUCAACCUAAAACAAAAUUGAUAAACGAGCUUGAACUAAACGAGGAGUAUGAAAUGUGUAUGACCACGUUGAGGGGCAUUUGUCGCUACCGGACCGGUGACAUCAUAAAAGUCAUGUCUUACUUCAACGAAAUACCGCAAUACCAGUUAAUAGGGAGGCACGGCGUGCUCCUCAAUGUGUGCGCCGAGAAGACGACUGAGGUUGCUUUUAAUGCCGCCCUGGUAGAAACAGUUUCCAAGCUCCCGGAUUUUGCACUAGUCGAUUACACCACGGCUGAAAAUAGUUUCCUUGACGCCAUCCAAGACGCAACUGAAAAUGAAAGGUACUACAUCCUGUUCAUCGAAAUCGAGGCAAAGAAUGGGAAGGUUGCUCUCUUGACGGAAGAGCAGCAGGACAUGUUUGACAUGUCCCUGAAAGCGUACAGUGAGAGAUAUAAAACCAUUCGUGAAGUGGAUCGUUUGAUUCAGAAGAUGCGGGUGGUCCAAACAGUACCUGGGAGCUUCGCCAUUUUAAAAGAACACCUCCUUGCAGCUAACCCGAGAAGCGGAAGCGGCCAGUUUAAGACACCUCGGGUGUUGAAGAAAGAAGCUGACCUGACUUUUAUGAUUGGGCAGGCGGCGCAGCCAUGGAGGUCUUAAAGUAGACUCCCAGGGGCAGCCCAUCGCAUCAUCCUAAUUAGGGUGAGGAACGAGGCCGGUCCACUGCGUCCGGAGUGUAAUGCACAUGCAGUAUUCAAUUCCCUCGUGGUACAACUCGCCGAUAAGUUGCAUAACUUUGGGCAUCCUGAGAUCAGGUUUUUGAUACUCCUAUAUACAUGUAACUAGAAAUAUCGACAGGCGGAGUAAAUGUAUAUUGAAAACCACUGGUUAUGUCAGGAUCGAUCAUGAUGUGAGGAUGAACUUUGGGCAGACGACAGCUAACACGGACCUGAUAAAGGCGAUCCCAAAGCCCAGUUUCCAUAUGUCAUCUAUAAGGCUGGUUACUCUAUCUAAGGUCAUCUAUAGCCAAAACGAUCAGCGUUUUUACAUCCUCUAUCUUCGCUAUUAAAAACAUUGAAAUUACAAUGCAUUUAUAGCUGUCUUGUAUCUUUAUUUAUCUUACAUUUAUGUAUAACAUUAUAUACAUAUACCUACAUGUA